CAUGCGAGAAAGAGGAAAAUGUUUCUCACCGUCUAAGACUAAAAAGAAACCAAACAACGCGGCCAGCCACAUCUUUAACUGCUUUCUGUGGUCCAUUUUGAUCUUCACGCUAUGUCCAAAAGUGCCGAUCUGACGAAAACUUCUCGCAAAAUCAUCUCAAAGCCAUAAUGUUCAGCAAACUUUAUCAAUGCAACGUCGAGUGCGCGGCGACAGCUGAUUGCGUGCGGCUCAUUCUGUACGCGGACUUCUCUGAUUGGAUGGACGAUUAGCUGCUUUUCGCUGAUUGGUUGUCUCAGUUAUUUGGCGCGCAGAUGUCAGCUGAAGCACAAGGGAUCGUGUUUUGCCAUCAAAGUCUUAAAAAAUCGUCUGAAUUUGAGAUGUGCCAUCAUGUCUGACGAGGUGAACGCUGAUUUCAAUUCGGACGAUGAAACGAAACUGUUUGGAAGCCGGCAAAUUGCCGAGAUUCCUUGCGGUGUUUUUGAAUGCGUCACUCUUGCAUCUUUUGGAAUAGAACAGAGCGACUUCUUGCCAAAAGUAUGCAGUGUGUCUGGUCCGAGUGCAACGUUUGUCAGCAUCAACUCAAAAAUAUCGAUCCUGACCUUCACUGAUGAAUUGUCCAUCGAGAACCUUGUACUAGACGAGCUUGUCGACUGCCUUGGCUGUACCGAGGAUGGAUUGUACAUGAUAGCUGCUUUUGUCAAUGGAUUCAUUAUUAUUUAUGACCUGAAAAACAAAGAGGCCGUCUUUUCAGAUAAGGUGGAUGUUGGUGUUAAGAAUUCAGGCACCUUUUCUGCAAUCUGCUGCUCUAGCUCUAAUGAAAGCGGCAAUACAAUUUUCAUUGCCUCAAGUGAUGGCAGUAUUGUUGUAAUUGCAAUUGCUGAAAAUGGCAAGGUUGGCGCACAAGUUGUUCACCCUAAAGGUCUGGACCAAGUUUCCUGUGCUGCUCUUGUUUCACUCCCUCUGGGCAGCCCAAACAUUGCGCUUGGUGGCAAUCAAAUCAACCUCUAUUCGACAAGCGAUUUUGAACUUGUGGCAGAUUUUCCUUUCAUCGAGGAAAAUUUUUCUGCAAAGAGCCUCUGCUUCUGUCCAAAGAUUGAUUCCUUACUGGCGCUGUUUCAAAAUGGCUGUGUUGGAGUUCUUUGUCCGAGAACUUUGUUGUGUUUCAACGUUGUGGAAGCUUCAGGAUUUGUGAAUGAGAUCACACUUAUGUCUUGCACCGAUACCGACUCUGAAAAAAUUGUGGUCUACACAAGUCUUGCAAAUUCGAGAUCAAUAUGCCUCAUGGAAACAGAGAGCUUUGCGGAAGUCUAUUCGUUUAAGGUCGGGGAAAAUGCUAAACUUGUAAACCACUUUGGCAAUUCUGAUGAUGUGAUGUUCUUGGAAAUUGAUGCUAGAGAGAGUGUGAAAAAUCAGCUCUUACUGCGGACAAUUGCUAAGAGCCAGCCGGAAUUUCGGCUUAUGAGGUUACUCAGGCAGCAGAAGUACGAGGAAGCAAUUUCGUUUGCCACUAAGUACCAACUGGACGUACAACUGGUGCACAAAGCUGAAGUUGCACAUUACGCAAAUUCUGUGGCAACUGAGGAUACCUUCACAAAGCUGAAGACUGCUCUUGAAAAGGUCGACGACUCUCAGUUUGCUGCUGAAAGCUGUUUGAAAGCCACAAUGUUCACUUUGGCUGAGACCAUGGAGCUGCUGCAUUAUGCCCAAAUGAGAGUUGCGAGCACCGAAGACUGCUUUGAUCUGCAGGAAAAACUUUUCCGCGCCCACCGGCGCCUGCAGACCUUCUGCCUUUUGUCGGACGACGCAAGCGGCUGGCUCGAGUUCUAUACUGGAAAUCUUCUGAUUAACUUGGCUGGGUUUUUAGCUGCUGGCAACAGCUCAUUUGCUGGAAUUUUGUGGCGCCAGCACGAAAUUGAGAUUUUGCAGCUUACAAAAGCAGAAAACAUUCCAACUAUGCUGAAAAUAAUACCAAUGAAUAUAGAAAUUAAUUUACUCACAUGUUGGCUAGAGUCGUACGUUCCCAGCGUGCUUAGAUACAUUCCUGAAACUUUAGCAGACAUAGCCGAAAUUCUGCAUCAACGUGUCAGUGCCGUAGCUAACUUGGAGUCUGCAAAUUGGCCUGCCGAAGCUUUGGAAUUCUGCACAAAAGCUGUCAAAGUAGUUGAGCCCAAUAGCUUGGACGAACUAUCAGGCUGGUUGAAAGAGUGGCAGAACUUGAGCUCUAUUCCCGAUUCACCAAUUCAAAAACUCAAUUCUAUGCACAAAGCUCUCUCUGAUUUGCUGCUGAUAAAAGGAAAUAUUGGCGUCCGACUCAAUUUGGAUGAGUAUGAGCAGCUGGGAAGCAUUGAAGGAAUCCACAACCUAUUAAGAAAAGUCAGCACUUUUAAGCUACAUGUCAUAUUCAACAACUUCAAUGUGUUGAUUCCGGGAAGCAGCAACAUUGACUGUGAGGAAGUAAUUUCUACAUUUAUUGAGUUCCACGUCCAUUCUUGCAGAAAAUCCUUAAACUCGCAGAUUUGGGAGGAAAAGGUCAUUCUGCUAAUUGAUUUUCUGAACAGCCCAGAGAAAAUCAUCAGUUGCGUAAGCAGAAUUCUUCAUGAUAUGCCCGUCCCUUGGAGCAAGAACGUCUUGGCAUUCGCUGACAGGGCAGAGCAGUUUUCCGAAGAAUGUGCCCAUGUGAUCAGGAAGCAAAGGAAACUUGCUAAAAUCAAGGAGACUCUAAUAAAAUACGAGCUGCUUCCCCUAUUGAACAACGGCGAUGCUCAUCUUGAUAUCAACUACGCAUUAUUGGCAAUUUUUCACCACAAGUUGCCAAGUAUGCUAGAGGAUGCAAUGUUUAUUGCCUCUGAUGACCCGAGGACCAUCCUUGAGGUUCACACUAUGUAUAUAGUGCACCUGUUAAAUGGAUUUCAAAUGGGACGUGCUGUUGAGUAUUUACAAGGCCUAAAAAUCGACAGCCGAGAAAAAUUGUGUGACAGGCUACUAGUGAAAGCGGAAUGUCUUGUCUGCUUUGAAAUGUUUGAAGAAGCAGUUGAGGUUGUCGCUUUUCUUUUGGUGGUUUCGACGGAGCUCGUCAAUAUAUGGAGGAUCAACAAACUGUCAAAAUCUGAGGUUGAGUGGCGCACUGCAGAACUAAACAAGAGGGUUGAGGCUGUUCAGAAUAGACUGAAAGCUCAGGAAAAGUUUGGUGUUUCCGUUUUGCCCGAUUCAAGAUCAAAUCAAGAAGAUUUACUGAAACAAAUAAUCAAAGAAGAGCAAGAUACCUCAGCAUCUUGGAAAAAAACUGCUGGACUAGGGAAAUUGAGUAGCGUCUCAGAGCGGAAAGUAAAUUUGAUAUUUGCAAUGGAGAAGUGGCUUCCUGAAAAUGCAGAUUUCCUAGGAUCAAUCUUUGAUCAUAGUUUCAAUCAACCAGUUUGUGACGAAGAAGUUGAUUUGAUUUUGGAACUUGCUAAACAAGGUGCGAGCAAUGACGUAAACCUGAAUAAACUGUUACACAUAAUAGCCUGUUCUGCUAUCGCUACGUGCCCAGCUGGCCGAAUUACUGAUUUGUUGGAGCUAUCAUGCAAUUCUUCUGAUAUGUCAAAUUUGUUGGCGCACACUGAUCUAAGCAUGGACAUUUUUGGAGAGAAUGACAUCUUGGCAACAAAAGAUCCUUUCACCUCGUGGACGUUCUCACCGAUCUUCACUGAUACACCAGUUAAUGUAGCGUCAAGUUCGAAAACACUGAACAUCAUCCACAAUAUGGAUAAAAAGCUCUCUGCUAGCAAUCCAGAUACAGUGGAAAGGUUUUUCUCAAACAUAGACUUGCUUCAAAUUGACCGCUGUGAUUUGCUAGCAUUUUGCAUCAUUUGCAAGUACAUCACCACCAGCUCAAAGGAUCCCAGUGUGGCGAAAGAGUUGUCAAACGCCAAGAAGAAGAGUGUUCAAUCUUUAUUGAACAAAGUUCUGUUGGAGCGCAAAGCUGAUCUGCAGCUGGCUUUGGGUUUGCUGUUCUCUUUUGAUAUUCAUGAUGCCCUUAACUGGCUGGAAAGUGCAAUUUCAAGAGUUCGUAAGGACUGCAACCAUUUGUUCCGCAUGGCCCAGCUAGGCAUUGACUUCUCUGUGGUUUUGAAAAAGACUGAUCAAGUUUCGAGGCUGGCUCGUCUACUCAAGAUUUCAAGUUGGGGCAAAAGGGUGAAGAAAUUGGGUCUUUCCACUCAAGAUAUCAUGAGCCAGCACACCACUGAUUAUGGGUUGAUCCUGCAGCAGAUGAUGAUUUCGAGUCCUGAAGAACCUCUUGAAACAAUGUUUCAGUUUUGCACAGACUUUCAGCUAGACGUAAAUUAUGAAAUCAUCAUUUUGGUUGAAACCCUGAUUCUUAAAUGGCAGCCAACACUGGAAUACAUAAGCUCAGAGCCAGGCCUUGAAAAACUUGUCAGUUUGAGAGAUGAGAAUUUUGAAAAAAGACUUGCUCAGCUGGUCAGGAACUUGAAUAUAAAUUAUUUUCAAUCUCUUGACAAUCGACUGGAUUCGAUUUGGGACAAGCUAAACGUUUACCACUAUGAGAUGUUUGAGUGCUUGUUGAAUUUGAGGAAAUUUAUGAACCCGGCAUUUAAGAGUGUCCAGUCAGACGUACUGACUUUCCUUGAGCCAUACACAAGGAGCACUGCGCCCCAAGCUGCUGAGAUUGACAGGUGGAUGCGAAUCCACCCUGACGGUCGUGUGCUUCCUGAGCUUGCUAAAGUCCGUCUUCCGUUUCCGUCAUUCCUGAAGGAUGUUCACGACAUCAUAAGAACUGAGGUGAAUCUCAAGAAUUAUACUAUCUGGAUCAAGGCUCCGACUAUGCUUGGUUUGGAUCCUGAUGAAAUCUGCAUUGCAGCCAUCAAGAAUUCAAUUGGCACUGAGGUACACCUAAGUGAAAUGACCGAGUGGAAUUCGCAUUCGAGGGAAAAGCUUGUGGAGGAAGUCAGCGAAUGUGUUUCUUACAUUAAGGAGCUCUCCUCAGCGGCAGCCAUCCUUGAGUACACUGCUAAGCGGAUUCCAUUGGGUCAAGACAGGAUCACUUUGCUGGACUUGUGCCAUCAACGGCUCCUAGCAGUGGAGGAAGAGAAAGAACCUGAAACCAUGAGUAAAGUAGAGCAUAAGAUUUCGGACAUGCUAUUGCUGUAUUGUGUGGUUCACGCACUCCAUGAGGAUAAUCUUGCUCGACAAGAGUACCUGCAACUGGCCACAAAGCCCGAUGAGCUCAUCGAUGCUCUUUAUAGAGAUCCGUCCAUCAUAGAAAGAGUGUGUGGAGGAGUCGGAAACUACCCUGACAUUCAUUCUGCUGUUGGAAAAAUUGCUCACAUUGCUUCACUUGACGUUGAGAAACUCCGAUUUAAUAUUUUGGGCAGCCUCCUUUUCUCAGAGUCCAUGGGCUCGGACGCACUGGACGAGUCCUUUGUCGAUGUAACCAGAGCUUGGCAACAGUACGGGCAAGACUCUGCGUCAAGCACCUUGGAGACCAACAUUAAUCUGCUAAAGGCACGGUACAUGCUUGAGGCGGGUGAAAAACAGGCGCACAUGGACUACAUCAUCAGCAUUAUCAACAACGAGAACAUAUCGUGCAGCAACUGUGUGCACCUCAGGGCCUGGCGCCUUUUGAAUUGGCUGGCACCAUCACAGGCUGUGGUCGACGCUACUGGAAUUCCCGAGGCUGACAUUAAUGAGCAUCUGACCAACUUAUACUUUCUGAGUGAAUUGGAAGUGUUGCAAGGCCGGGUCGAUUUAUCAAUGCAGCAGUUCAAGGAGACAGAGAAGAAAUCGUUUGUUGAGGGAAUUUGGAGGAGCCACUCGUCCAACCCAAGGGCACUGAUGCUGAUGGCACGUGUUGCUGUUUAUUACAAAAUUCUGGGUAGAACCCUCUGGCAGAACAUUCUCACCAAGAUGAUUCACUUGAAGAUGGAAAAUGAAUUGUUGGAGCUCCUGCCCAAGCUAACCAGUUUUCCGAACUUAUUUUCGCUACAUCCUUUCAACCGAGCAUGGAACAACACAAUCUCAGCUCCAUUUUCAAAAGCGGACUCUCCUAUGACAGCUAUUCAGUAUGAUUCAUGCAAAUGCAGUCUUCUGCUUCUGCAGCGCUGCCCUGUUGGAUCGGAUAUAGACAUCGAGGGCAUUUUUAUACUCAGUCUCUCUAAAGGGAAACCUGAAUUAGCUGCCGUUUUGCUUGCCCAUGCUCGCCCUCACAUGGUCAAACAAAUGUCUAUGGAAAUUCUUGCAAAAAUUGGGUAUGAUGAUCUGAAGCAGCGUCUUCUGCAGCUGAACUCUGAAUCUCAAGGCUUUCCAGUUUAUAAGGCACUGCAAGCCAUCAAGCAGUUAACUGAGAAUGGAAAUGCUUGAAAUGUUUAAAUUAAUGACUGCAUUUUUCUACUAUUUUCUUUGUGGCCACUCUGGUCUUAAAAAGCACCAUACUCAUAUAGAUAUCUCUUUAAUUUUUCAUUGCUGGAAAUAUUAUUUGUAAUGUGGAACCUUGUGCAUAACAUUAAAAAAACAAUUUAAUUUUUAUUU